AUGUCCAAUUCAUUAAUUCUUGAUAAUGUUGUUGCAAAAAGUAACGGACUACAUUUGAGUGGUUAUGAUCAUAGACCUUAUGAUUAUUCGACAAUAAGUCCGGAUAAGCUUCCCGAUACAUUUAAGAAGACACGUUUCGCUCUCACUCUUACACAUAUCUAUCCGCGUAACUAUACUACGGAGGAGAAGGCUAAAUUCUAUACUAUUGAAUUUGCAGAAAAAGCGCUGGCAUCCGGUGGAAUCGGCGCUCCGCCAGAUAAAACAGUAUUAUGGUCUGGUGGUUAUAUUCCUGCACAUCCUCUCGGCUAUGGAUUGGGUAGAAUUAUCGUCGAACGCUGGCUUGUGGAAAUGAAUGCCAAAGUCGAAUCAAAAGGCGAGGGUAAUUAUACAUGUUCGGAGCUUUAUCAUACAGCAGCCAUGACUGAGGCAGGGUUACCGGUCCUAAAUCCAAUGUGGGACGACUUGAGUGUUCCUUAUAGCGUCAAAAAAGAAGUUACGCCGACCUACAUUUUGGGUUUUGCUGCAUGUGCCAGUGGUCAAAUCAGCCUGAAUGUCGAUGAUACGGAUAUGGAUUCAUUCUUUCGUGGAAAUGAAUUGAUGAUUGUGAUGGAGAAUUCGAACAUUACUUCAGUCAGAGUAAUAAGAGUAAAACGUGAAACAGACGUUUUGGAAGAGACUUUAUAUAUGGAUCGCCAUGAGUGGUAUAAUGCUCAGAAAGACCAAUGGGUAGAUUCUAUAGUAACUAGAUACCAAGUAGCCCGUACUAGCUGGGAAAAAGGUGAUUAUAACUGUCUGUCAUAUGAACGCAUGUCGAAGUCACUGAUCGAAGAAUUGUACGAUAGUUACACGAAUAUGACGAGUGGUAACAAGCUUAUUGAAGGAUUUUGUAAAGCGAUUGGAACGGAAUAUGAAAACGUGGAUCAGGAGCGCGAUAAAGCGUUGGAAAACUUACGGUUGGAAAAAUUUGCUCCCCUUGUUAGGGCUAACUCCGAGUUAUUAAACCAUAACAAAGUAGAUAACGAACAUUCCAGAACGGCUCUUAAAAGAUUCUAUGCGGAGAAAAGCAGAUAA